CAUCUCCUAAAAACGUAUCUCUCUCUCUCUCUCUCUCUUUCUCUUUCUCUAUCUCCGCCGUGAAUGGCAACACAAGGGAUGGCUCAGCCGUCGGCGAAGAAAAGAAGCUUCCUCCUCCGUGAUAUCUUCAAACUUUGCCGAUCAAUCUCAAGGGUUUUUCCUCGUGACAAACCUAAACAUCAUCAUAAGACUAAACAUGAAACCAAACGUUUUGAUGAAGAACCUAAACGGAAUAAACCAAACGCCUUCGAUUUUCGGGAAACGAAAGGGACGGGUGAUAAUAAUAAGGUGGAAGGUGUGAGUCUUUGUAAGGUUCGUAGUUAUAGAUUUGACAACACCAAUACCAAUUUCGUGGGGAGCAAGAAAUCUCUUUCAAGAAGUUGUAGCCAGAACACAGCCACAGCCACAACGAAUCCGACAUUGCGGAGUUUAUCGUUUAUAGGGAGGAGCAAAAGCAGCAGCAAUAGGAUGACGGAAUCCGGUGGAUUUAUGCCGACACUUAUGAGAUCGACAACCACGGUUCCAAGAAGCUUUGCAAACCCGAUUUUGUAUUCGAGUUCCUCGGCCAAAGUGGCUAAACCUUCUCCAACAGAGAAGAAACUACGCUGUACGCUCGAGGAGCUAUGUAACGGAUGUACCAAGAAGAUCAAGAUCACGAGAGAUGUUAUUACUAGCUCAGGGCAAAUGUGCGAGGAGGAAGAGACGGUGGAAAUAAAAGUGAAACCGGGAUGGAAAGGAGGAACGAAAGUAACAUUCGAAGGCAAAGGGAACGAGGCAAUGGGGAGUGUACCGGCUGACUUGACAUUCGUGAUUGUUGAGAAAGAGCAUGAGGUGUUUAAAAGAGAAGGAGAUAACCUCGAAAUGGCGGUGGAAGUCUCUCUACUCGAAGCUUUAACGGGGUGCGAGCUCUCUGUUGCUUUACUUGAUGGUGACAAUAUGAGUUUGAGGAUAGAAGAUGUUAUUCACCCUGGAUAUGUUACAGUGGUUCAAGGCAAAGGAAUGCCAAAUCUAAAGGAGAAAGGGAAGAGAGGAGAUUUGAGAGUUCGGUUUCGGACUAAGUUCCCGCAACAUCUUACAGAUGAACAAAGGGCAGAGAUUCAUAGCAUUCUUCAAGACUCUUCUUGAUUUGUUGCUUAAGACUUUCUUUCCCUUUAUAGGGGAGCUUUUACAACAUGGUUUAGAUAAAAAAUCCAAAGAGAUUUUUACUCUGUGUCAUCUUUGUUUGUAAACAACCAAGUUGAAAUGAAGAAACCGGUUUCCAUAAUCAACCAAAAACUUUUAU